UGCAAAGUAUAUGCACAUAUAUAUAUGUGUGUACAUAUAUAAUCUCUUUAUUAUACAGAUUGCAGUGCUGAAAAUAAUGUAAUGUAAACUGUAAAUAAAUGAUAAAACUAUAAUUUAUCGAAUAACUAUAAUUUCGACGUGAAAGUUUAAAAAAAGAGACUGCAUUAGAUCUAUAUAACAAAAAAAACCAUUUAAAUGUACAUAUAGAUCGUUAGAUAACACAAGUUAAAAAAUGAAGAAUGUAACUCCAUGCUAAAAUAUACUUUGAAAAUGUUUCAAAUGCUCAAAACUAAGAAUGCCUUAUAAUUUAGUUUCUGUUGUGUGUUAUCAUUAAAAUUCCUCAUCUAAUAACGCAGUUACGAGUGAUCAUGAUAUAAGAUCUGUAGGACUACAUUCUUCUCCUUUGAAUAAAAAUACGUUGUUGAAUAAUAUGUUUAUUAGGAUCAGUACAUGAUAAAACUAAAUUAAAUUUCUUCGUAAGCAAUUACAUUUGCUUAAGAUUGUCCAAAUCCUUUAAAAGAAGAUUUCAUAUUUUUGCUUAUAUACGAGACACAAUGGCCGCUGACUUCAUGCUAAUUCCUUUCCGCGCAGCGACGCAAAUGAUGAUGAAUGAUAAUUGCGUCGAGAAGUGUACCUCGAGAAGUACAAAUAACCAUUGUUUCCCCCCCUCCCCCCGUUCUCGUUGGAGAGAAAACGGGAUGACCGUUAUUUUGCAGUCGCCCGUAAUGACGCGUCCUGCUCAAUCCGGCUCCUCCCGUGCCUCCGGGGGAAGCGCGCGUUUGCACGAAAUAGAAACCGCGUUGUUGAUUUCCGUCGUCCCCGCGGACGUCGCCGUCAUUGUCGUCUCGCGCGCGCCGAAAGGAAAGUCGUUCGUGCGUCUCGUUCGGUUCAGAGAUUAUCAUGCUAGUAGGACAUCUCUGACGUCCCGGCGAAAACCGACUGACGCACCUGGUCAAAGGCACUCAUCAUUGCUGGCACACGAACUCGUAAAAUCAAUUCUGAGGCUUCUUUCGCGAGAGACAAAUUGAUCGAACGUAUCUAUCGCGCGAUUAAACGGAGAUCGUUAGCCCAUAAAUCUCCUCGCGGUACGGCGCUUUCAUAGCCUGUGAAAUUGUACUAAUAACUCGCGUCGAUCGUUCUCGCGAAGAAAAUAACGUACGCAAUAUGUGAAAUUUAUAAUCGCCGGUAACAAAGUUAAGAUGUCCGUCGCUCCGAUGAUGGAGACGAUGUCGUAAAUCUUCCGCGCGAUAGAGGAUUUCUAUUUUCAUCACUUUUGUCCUCCGUUGUCGAGCGCACAAUUUUUUCCCAAUAAAAUUUAAUUUCCACGCCUUGUGCGAAGAGUGUAUAAAAAGGAAGAAAGUGAAUUUGAAGACAUCGAUGAGAAACGACGUGGCCGAUGCCACGUAUUUAUCUAUUACGGCUUUAUACGCGGACAUGUGCAUGAUGUAUGUCUAUGGAAAUGCGAUAAUUACCAGCGAACCCGUCGCGCCGGAGAUAAGCAUGUAUCUGACAAUGUCAGUUUCACCUUUCUUCGUCUUCCAUUUUAUGCGCGAAUGUGAAAGGUGCCCGCGAGGAAUAAUCGUAAUCCUCCGAUUAGAAUCGCAUGUGGAACAUCCUGUGCGCCAGCGGAGCGCUGAUUUCCAGUUAGUCGACCCAUUAGAGUGAAUCUCCCAUCUCGCUCACAUUCACAUGUACAUAUUCCAUCGUCUCAUGGCGAGCGCGGAGACCAGCAAAAUUGCAAUCUCAUCGAUUAUGGAGCAUCACGUGGUUCGUAAACCCGAGCCUCGCAUUGUUUUUAUUUCCAGUCUGCUAUUGAACCAUCGCGGACACAAGGCGUAUAUGGUCUGUUCUCUCCUCGGGUGAACUUUUUGCACGGUUCAUCUCUUCUCCCUUUUUUUUUCUCUUCGAUGGAGAAGGAAAGGAGGAAAGGUGAACCGUGCAAGAAGUGCUAACCAGUACUUAGGUCGGCUUAAAAAGAAACAGGACUAUUGUACCGCUACCUAUUUCCUCCUUUCUAGUAUUAUUGAGUUAUCACGUCAACAGUAAGAAAUCAAUCCCUUUUUUUAUUGCAGAAUAUGCGUUGAAAGAGAUUAAUUUUUUUUUUACAUGAACUACGCGUGGAAAUAAAUAAACUUUGCAUUAAUUUUUUGCAUCGCGUUCAAUAAUAAAGUCGAUAAAAUAUCUUCAAAGAUCCUUCUCUCGGAAAUAAAUGUAAAUCCUGAUUAUCAUGGGAGCCACUUUCGCUGGAAGCACAAGACACAUGUAGAACGAAAUUAUAAGGUGUACAUUUGCGAAUGUAGCAUGACAAAGAAAUGAGAGUUUCCGGUUGAUAUUUUAUAUCAAUUUCUAUUAUCGAGAGUGCGAAUGGUGCUAUAUGAAAACAUUACUUUACUUCGGCGUACAUUGCAAGAAAAAUAUUUAUACAUGAUUUCUCGUCUUCAACGUCACAAUUUAGUUUGAUUGCAAGAAAACGGAAGUCUUAAAUAGAUAUAAAAUAGAUAUAAAAGAUUGUUUAGUAUAUUAAUGUAAGAUCUUCAAUAUGACUCCAUGGAAAGAUUAAAAUAACAUAAAAGAUUAUAGUAUAGUUCAUUAGAAAGUAGAAAAGUAGAAUGGUACAUUUAUUGUUGCCCUUAUUACGUGCGAAUGUUUUUUUACCAUGUUCAAUCCGUCGAGAUCUUUCAAUCUUUAUCUCGCCGAGGAAAGAAGAGGAAAGAAUCUAAAUGAGAGAAUAAUCCAAGACACCUGACAAGAACUUUCGAAUAAUUGAUUGGAUGAGAGAACUUUGAAAGAAAAUUUAGGAAUCUCUAGAAUCGAUUUCUUCUGCUGGGGAAGAAAAAUCAAAACGUCUCGAUAAACAAGAGACUUUGCAACCUUAUCUUUUCAACUUUGUAUCCAUCAGUUUUAUAUUCUUGUUGAAGAGAAAAUUCUACGAAAAUAAUUUAAGACACAUAAUAAGAACUUUCAAGCGAUUGAUUAAACCAGAGAAUUUUGAAGGGAAAUUUCUUUAGAAAUCACUUGCAUUAUUAUAUGGGAAGGAAAAAUUAAAAUAUCCCGGUCUCAGUAAUUACAAGCGAUGAAAAUUACAGAUAAUGGCGAUAGAAAUCAAAGUCCUACUCUUCUCACUUUCUUGGUGAACUCUGCGUUAAGAAACGUCUCUGUGUCUGCUUGACAUAAUAAACACUGUUUACAACAAUUCAUAAUGAUACACGUCGUAUAUUAAUGUAACGUGCCACGCCACACGUAUGUAGAUCGCGUGGCCGCGAGAGGAGGCGACAAUGCCGGCGAUACGUGCUUCGCGAGACGUAAAGUCGCUUCGGCCACCACCUGAUGAACCGCGGCCGAGGGGAAAAAUGAAAAGCACGAGCGCGCGCGUGGAGAGAAAGAGGGUGAGAGAGCGUCGGCUAUAAAGCGAUCCAGUUUCAUUGAAAUUCACAGUUUGUCGUAUACGUAUGACUGCGGACGUGGGGACAAUCCGGCCGAUCUUUCCAGUUAGUGCUGCAGCAUGAAGACGGGGCUGAUGUUGCAAUUGGUGCUGCCUGUGGUGUUAUUGGUCGGAUCCUCGGAAGAAUUUUUUCUUGAAUCCCCUAGGAAGGCACUGACGGAAUUCUUUCAAUCUCUGAAGAAAAGCGCCCUGCCCAAAACAGGCCACGUACAGCAUUAUCACAUACAUUAUUUACCGAUGCCUUUCCCCAUGUUGGCAUGGACGAAAGCGCCGGAUAGAUACUAUCUCGAUGGACUCUACGACGACACUCUCGCCUCGCUCGGCUGGUCGGACUAUCACUACAGAUACACGCCCGAUCCCGCGCUGAUCAUCGGCUCGUCGGGUCUCCAACACCUGUCCGGGUCGGGUCUCCAACACCUGUCCGGGUCGAGUUUCUGGGACGACCUUUUGGGCGAGGAGAUUCUAGGUACCGACAACGCAUACGACACGAUCGAUCGCAACUCCCCGGGAGUACUGGUGCAGGUCCCCAUCAACCGGCCGCUCGUCUUUCAUCUGCCGUUGAAGAAGUCGCGGCAAAGACGAACGGACAUGACGGCGACCUAAUGUCUCACCAACGGUUGCGAUCGAAAUCGGUCAUGAAACUCUCGCACGGCAAAUCUUCAUUCGUCUAGCUUUAGACUAGCCCUAGAUUAGCCAAUUAAACCCUAGUGAAAAGGAUUUCAUGGAAUUUUUAUGCGGACCGGAACGAAUUUUUAGAAAUACUAUACCUAAGAGAGCCCACAUCUUUUCUUAGAAUUUCUUAUACACGUGAACUCUAAAAUAUUCUCAGAUCUCUUAUAAUUUCCAAAAGAAUAUUUUAAACACACUUUAUACGAUUUUAUCAGAAAUUGUAUUCAUGAGAGGUAGACUUUCUCUCCUGUCAGCAUUUGAGAAAUUUUUUUUUAAUGUUACAAAAUUAUAGAAAAAUACCGAAGGGAGAAUUUUCACCGGGGAAAACUUAGCUUCUAAGCGCUUAGCCCACUGUAUUAUAUAAAUUUCACAAUGGCUUGUUAUUUAUUACGCGCGUAACAGACAUGUACUCGAAAUGUUCCUUGACUUCUCUACUUCUACCGAAUUACAUUUAGAUCUUGUCGCCAAAGCUCGACGUGGGGCGCUCCGAAUCGUUCACCAGCAACAGCUGCGGAAGCUGUUUGCACUUUUUCGCCGCUCCCGCGUGAAAUUUCCGUGUGCAUUCGCGACGUCGUCGGGCCGUCCUCAGAAAUGACUCAGGCACUAACUCACGCAGUUUCGGCACGGUCGUGAUGGCCUUCAGUUUCCUUCGUUCGACGCGAGCCCUCUGACGCGCCUCGUGAUCCUCCUGCAGCCUCGACGUGAGGCGCGUCAUGUACGCGCGAUCCGUCAAUCGUACCACGUUACUUCCCAUCAACAACGUCAAUCGCGAUCUCACGGGUGUGUAGCUGAGCCUACGUCGAUUAAUUAUUAAGAGGUUACUCUCUCAGGAAAACCGAGGCUUGAGAACCUACCCGUAUUUCACACAGUCUGUUUCCCACCAUGCCGGAGGCGCGUCGUACAGAUCCUCAGCCGGCAAAAGCAUAUCCGUUUAUAAAUUGUUAACUAUUUUAUUUAGUAAUAAACUUUUUGACGU